AUGUCUUCCAGAACUAGGGCAGAGAAGAAGAAGCAAUCGUUGGAGCCACAGUCGUUGAUCCCGUUGCAGGAUGAGCAAUCCUCAGAACCACUUUCUGUGUUUACGUCACUUCCCGAAGACGUCAUCGUUGACAUCUUAGCGCGUGUAUCGACAUUCCACUAUCCAAUUCUCUCCCUCGUCUCAAAACACUUCCGAUCACUCGUUGAGUCGCCUGAGAUAUACGUGAGGCGAUCUUUGUUGGGCUGCACCGAACACUUUCUCUAUGCUCUCAUCUAUGACAUCGACAUCGGUGUCUACCGUUGGUAUGUUCUCCGUCGGAAAGCCAAUGGCAAUAGACGCUUGGUGCUUAUCCCUUCACUGCCCGCUGUGUCUCGCUAUGGAAGCUUUGUCGCAGUGGGCUCGAGGAUAUACGUGUUUAAUGGGGUUAACAAUGAAGAUAGCACAACCAUCGACUGUAGAUCUCACACGGUUCAACUUCUCCCAAACAUACCUGUGAGCAUGUGUGAUUCGAUGGCUGACAUCAUCGAGAGGAGAAUCUACAUAAUUGGAGAUAGCCGUUGUGAUGAUGGCUGGAAGAAGGCGAUGGUGGUGUUCAAUACAGAAACAAAAAAGUGGGAGGAGCCUGCGAUGAAAAAGAUAGGCAUCGAGCUACGUGACAGUCACGUAUUACCAUCGCUGUGUGGUGAUGGCUGGUAA